GGGAGGGGGCGGAUGGUACAACAUAUAUUUAUAGCCUAAUUUGUCAAGGCAAGUUCGUUUGCAUAAAAGUCUAUCUCAACUUACUUUUAUUCUGAUGAUGUGACCAAAAUAUGGACUAUUAUAGAUUUAUUUGAAAACCAAUAAGUCAUUCAAUUCAAUAGCCUUGGCAUUGAAAUAAUAAAAAAUCGUUUAACAAUCAAGAAGUUUCUAUUAAAGUGUUAUAAAUGAUAGUAUAUCAGCAAAAAGAAAUAGUUUUUCCUAUAAUCAAUACGGACUUGUUAAAUUGUUAAGCGUUAAUUUCAGAUGAAUAUGACGAGACAAAAUUUCUUCAUAUUUAUUCUUAUUUGCCUUCUAGUAUUUCAACACUUGUUUAUGCAUUUACAGUCUCCGGAUACUAUGGAAACCCAAAGUACGAUGCUCUAUGAUAAGUUUGAAUGCAAUAUUCAGCAAGGAAAUAAGUGUUUGUAUGGAGCUAAAUCUUUCUUUAGUCUCUGCUCUGGUCCGCCGGAACAAUUAAUUUGUAAAGAUCAAAUCAGUUCAGUAUUAUUUAGUGAUUGCAAUGGCAGAUUGGGAAAUGUUAUGAUGACCUAUGCUACCUUAUUGUUUUUCUCGAAGUAUGGCUUUAGUGCUCUAUUGAAUGAAUAUCAAGAAAAUGUUCUAAACAAUGCUUUUCAGUCAGAUGCUUUCAGCAUUAAGAAAGGAGAGAUUUUAAAAAAACCUCCAACCCACAACGUUUAUUCAAUCAAUGAGCAUGGUGAAUAUAUAUAUGAUGAAUUUCUGGAAAAUAUGGAGAGUAAACGUUAUAAUUUGCUUCUUGAUAUUGGUGUGUACCCAUUAAAUUUUGGACUCUUCUAUCAGAUUCGAGAUGAGUUGAAAAAACAUUUUCAGUUCCAUCCUGAAAUUAUGAAAUCUGCAAAAGAUGCUAUUAAUCAAUCAACUUGGGAGAUAAGGAAGAAUUACGACGACAAAGCUAUAGUGUAUGUUGGUGUUCAUGCCAGGAGAGGAGAUUAUUUAAAUCUUAAGAAACCAGAAUUUCAGGAUUUCAUGGCUGAUGAUGAUGUUUGGAGACAGUACUUUUCAUAUUGUUUUAGUCUUAUCAGGAAUCGUGUUGAUCAUUCGGGCAACAAAACUAUAUUCCUCAUGACAAGUGAAGACACUGAUUGGUUAAAAAAUAAUUUUGGAUCUGAACCAGAUGUAGCAUAUCCAGGAUAUUAUGGAGUAGAAGAUCUACCAGGGGAGAAAAUGCCUGCCAGAGAUUUGUAUUUGUUUACACAAUGUGACCACAUGAUCAGAUCUUAUGGAACAUUUGGUAUGUGGGGAGGAUUCUGGUCUACAGGAAUUGUUUUAUAUCCCUACACUGGCCGAUCUAUAGAGGAGGAGCACAUUUCUGCUCAUGUGAACAGUUCAAACUGGGAACCUAUAGACAUUAACAGAUUUAUAAAACCAAAACCAACUAUUAAAUAGAAAAUAUUCCCUUUUCAAUAUUCAUGUACGCUCCCUUUAAAGGGAGUACGGAAAGUAAAGAAAAAAUGUUGGUUUUGUUUUUGCUUCAUGACUGCCGUUACUUUUUAAUUGUUUGACAUUUUUUCUAAUGAUAUGCCUAGGGAUGAGUAGUAAGCAGUUUUGACUUUUUUGAAAAACGUUCGUUUCGUUUUGUUAAUGGAGAAAAAAAGCUAAAACAAUCCUUUUUGAAACUAUCGGUUUUAAAAGGGUUGAAACCAAGUUAUGAUAGUUUUUUAGAGGAAACAACGAAACUAUCAUUUUCAAAACAAUCGUUCCGGAAAACAAUGGUUUACAUAAAUGGAAAAACGAUCGUUUUUGGAAAAAAUGAUCCUUUGUUAAAUGAAAAUGAUAGUGAUGAAACCGAUCGUUUUGGUAUAAAAAUGACAAAAAAAUAUUAAAUGAAAAAUACAAUUUGAAUCUACAAACCUCGCUUCGAAUGAUGAAUUUUGAUAAAAUAAAAUUGAAACACAGACGAUUGUUUUUUCUUUAAAACUAUAUGUUUUGUCCUUUCGUGUUUCGUUUUCAAAGGCUUAAAACUAACACAUCCUUAGUUUUAACAAUUUGCUUUAUUCUUAAAACUAAUAAACUAAAAACUAUCGUUUUCCGAUCGUUUUUGAACACAAUGCCCAUCCCUAGGUAUGUCCCCCUUUUUUAAAAAAAAGGGGGGGCGCUGAAUAUUUACUUUCUAAUUUUAAGACUGAUCUUGACUGGAUAUGAUGAAAAAGGCCUAAAUCGAGCCAAUCAGUUUAUCAGAUAUUUAAUUCCCAAUUUCCAUUUUGCUAUUGUGCAAAAUGACAAAAUAUUAAAUAAUCUACAUCCAUGUACGAUUAUAAAACAAAUAUAAGCUGGGCCAAAAUGUUAAUAAUUGGCCUGAAUGAUAUUAUACUUAUUCAAUCACAGUUUAUAAAUUCUUGUACAUUAAAGACAAUGGCAUAAUUGAGAUUUUGUAAAAUUUUCCAACAUUCAGCUCCCUGUUCAAAAUGAUCCUUUAAAGUAUUUAAUUUUGUUAUCUUACUUUCUUAUAAUUUUUGUGAUAUAAUUUUAUAUUUCGUUGUGCUCAAAUCAAGUUAUAAUAAAGAAUAACAUGUUUUA